AUGCCAACAGACACACAAAAAAGAAUAGAAGAACUUUUAACAGUAUUGAAAAAAGAUGGAGCUAAUGUCAUCGGAUCAGAUGGAAAACCACUGAGUCAAACUGUGAAAGAAUUAGAACAGGAGAUUAAUAAUUUAAAGAAAGAUAUUAAUGAUUUAAAAAAGAAUAGUAGCGGCAAAGCAGUUACGGUAGAAGAAUUUGAAAGAAGACUUGGCGGAAGUAAAAGUUUUGAUGAGCAAGGUGUAUAUAAGGGAGCUGCAUCUAAUCAGCAAUCUACACCGACUCCUCCUGUACCACCAAAGCCAGAAGAACCAAUAAUUCCUUCAGAACAACUAACUCCGGAACAAAAAGAUUUAUCGGUUGAGGAAGCUAAAAAAGUUUAUGCUAAUGGUUGGAGAAGUAUUACUAAUAAACAUAGUUCAGAAGGACAAACAACUGAAAAUAUUGACCAAAAAAUACAUCAAAAGGGUGAAAUAGAAAAAGCUCACAAUUUAUUAAAAAGAAUAAAAAAUGAAACUGACCUAUCUAAACUGCCGAAAGAUGGCGAGAUUGGGACUGGAGCUUACGACGAAGGAAAGGUUCCAAGCGGUAUAAACUAUGCUGAAAUUAGAAAAGAAAGAGAUAAUAAACUUAAAUCUUUAUUUAAAAUCGCUUUCGAAGGAGGAAAUACAAGCUUAGCAAAUAUUGAUGUUCUAGAAAUUAAGCAGUUUGAUGUUGAUAGUGAAAUCAAAAAAGCUGAUAGCCUAUUAAAUGAUAUUAGCAAGCAAACUUCUUUGCAUGACCUUACCCCCACUUAUAAGGAAGAGGAAAUUAAAGCCUUAAAGGAUAAAUUAUUGCCGCCUAAUAAAAAAUCUACUGAUAUUAUUAAUAAGAGAAAAGAAGUGAGAGAUGGGGAUAAAGGUAUUGAUUCUGAAUUAUUAUCCUUGGCUGAAACAGAGGAAAAAAAUGUUUGGGAUAUUCGAGAAUACGACCCUUUAACCCCCGAAAUAUUAAAUGAAUUCCUUAAUGCUUGUGAAGGGGUGGAAGCCAAAGUUGGAAAGGAAGAAAAUGGUAUUAAAGAUGGAGAUGACCUUAACCAAUACUUGAAAGACCAAGGAGCUUUUGAAAUGGAUACUGAAAUUAUUGCUAAAGAAGACCAGCUGCCCAAAGCUACUCGGGGAACUUAUGCAUUACCCGAAUACUACAAAAUGAAUAAUUAUAAUAAAGAUGAACCCGAUUUUUACCCUAAGAAUAAUAAUCCAAAAAAGUAUACUGAUAAAACUCUUGAAUACUUAAAAAAUAAGUAUUUUGAAAAUGGGGAUAUUUUCACCGAUGGUAAGUUUAAGUUAAAAGGGCAUUUGGCUAUUGGAACUGGUGUAGGUUGUGUAGUUCACCAAGAACCAGCUGGGGAUGGUUCUUAUGUAUCCCACGGUUCUUAUAAGGUAGAAAUGAAUAAGUUGGUUGAUGGCUUGUCUAUUAUGGAGCCAAAAUAUUUUAAUGCUUACAUGGCUGCUACUUUGUGUGAUACUUCGGUGCUUAAUAGUAGUAAGGGGGGUAAAAAUGUAACACCUGAACAAAAAGCUCAAUUUGAGGCUAAUGUAGCCAAAAUUAAGGAAUAUGUUGUUCCUAACGGCUCUUUGGUUGUUUUUGAUGAAGCCGACUUUGCCAUACCUGAAUAUCUGGAAAUGAUAAGAGAUACUAUUAUCUUAACUGAUGACAAUAAUAAUGCCAAGUUCAGAGUAUUAAAAAUGAGUGCUACUUUCAAAGGUAAAAAGUUCUCGAUUAAUUCUUCUUAUCCGAUUGAAAGUUAUUACACAUCAGGAUUUCAGUCAGGUACUCCUUUGAAGUUAGAGGAUAGGCUAGGUAAAGGUAAAACUUUGACAUUCUUAAAAAGUAUUGACAGUAAGCAAGUCCAAAAAGGAGUUACUAUUUUAAAGAAAGGAGCUGGGGAAAAAGAAACUGUUGACCCAAUAACUGGCAGGAAGGCAACUGGUAAUGGUGUUUGUCACGUUGUUUACGAUAGCACUUAUGAAGCAUUUAUGGAGGGAAUUUCUUUUGGGUUGCCAAAAGGAGCUAUAGGUAUUGGAGAUACAAGAUAUUAG